ACUCUGGGAAGAAGGCGGUGGCGGUGAAAGGCGGGGGCGCCGUGGGGGCCGGGCCGGUGUUUACACAGCGGCGGGCGGGCGCGGACGCAGAACCCGGCGCGGCGGCGGCGGCGGCAGGAUGGUCAUGGCGCAUUUCGUCGAGAAUUUUUGGGGGGAAAAAAAUAGCGGCUUUGAUGUCCUUUACCAUAAUAUGAAACAUGGACAGAUAUCAACAAAAGAACUAGCAGAUUUUGUAAGAGAAAGAGCUACAAUAGAAGAGGCAUACUCCAGGUCAAUGACAAAACUAGCAAAAUCUGCAAGCAAUUAUUCACAACUUGGAACAUUUGCCCCAGUGUGGGAUGUGUUCAAAACAUCUACAGAGAAAUUAGCUAAUUGUCACUUGGAUCUUGUUAGAAAACUACAAGAACUAAUAAAGGAAGUUCAGAAGUAUGGAGAAGAACAAGUAAAGUCUCAUAAAAAGACUAAAGAAGAAGUUGCAGGAACUCUGGAAGCUGUUCAAACCAUUCAGAGCAUAACUCAGGCCCUCCAGAAGUCCAAGGAAAAUUACAAUGCCAAGUGCGUAGAACAGGAACGUUUGAAAAAGGAAGGAGCUACACAAAGAGAAAUAGAAAAGGCAGCUGUUAAAUCUAAGAAAGCUACAGAUACCUAUAAACUCUAUGUGGAAAAAUAUGCAUUAGCAAAAGCUGAUUUUGAACAGAAAAUGACAGAAACGGCUCAGAAAUUUCAAGACAUUGAAGAAACUCAUCUCAUUCACAUAAAGGAAAUUAUAGGAUCCUUGUCAAAUGCUGUAAAGGAAAUUCAUUUGCAGAUAGGCCAGGUCCAUGAAGAAUUUAUAAAUAACAUGGCUAACACUACAGUUGAAAGCUUGAUACAAAAAUUUGCUGAGUCAAAAGGCACUGGGAAAGAAAGACCUGGCCUUAUUGAAUUUGAAGAAUGUGACCCUGCUAGUGCAGUUGAAGGUAUAAAACCAAGGAAAAGAAAGACUUUUGGUUUGCCAGGAAUAAUUAAAAAGGAAAAGGAUGCAGAGUCUGUGGAAUGCCCUGAUGCAGAUUCACUUAACAUUCCUGAUGUAGAUGAAGAAGGCUAUAGUAUAAAACCAGAAGCAAAUCAGAAUGAUACCAAAGAGAACCAUUUCUACUCAUCUAGUGAUUCUGAUUCUGAAGAUGAAGAACCAAAGAAGUAUCGGAUAGAAAUCAAACCUAUGCAUCCAAAUAACUCACAUCAUACAAUGGCUUCCUUGGAUGAAUUAAAAGUGUCUAUUGGAAAUAUAACACUCUCCCCAGCAAUAUCUAGACACAGCCCAGUAAGUGCAAGAUUUUACGCUUUUAUCUAUUUGACCUUAAAAAAAAUAGUAAUG